UAGAAACAAGAAGAAGAAGAAGAAGAAAGAAGGGUUGGUCCCUCUUUAAUUUGUUUCUUUUUCCUAAUCGGGUCACUUCAAAUCUUGCAGAUCCAGUGAGAGAAAGCUGAAAUUAGUGGGUGAGAAACAUGGAUUUGGGUUCACAUAGAGAAGGGUUUUCCUGUGAAGAAGGUCAGGAGAUGAUGAGAGGUAAGCUCCCUUUCUCCUUCUACUCCUCCUCCUCCUCCUCUUCCUACGAAGUCGGCGGCAAGCUGAUGAUGGAGUCCUCCCCGAGAAACGAGGACGAAUCCCAGGGCAUCAACGUGAUGGAGAGAGAGCACAUGUUUGACAAAGUAGUGACUCCCAGCGAUGUGGGAAAACUGAAUCGCCUUGUAAUCCCAAAGCAGCACGCCGAGAAGUACUUCCCUUUGGACUCCUCCGCCAACGAGAAAGGCCUCCUCCUUAACUUCGAGGACAGAAAUGGAAAGCCCUGGAGAUUCCGCUACUCUUACUGGAACAGUAGCCAGAGCUACGUCAUGACCAAAGGCUGGAGCCGCUUCGUCAAGGAGAAGAAGCUCGAUGCCGGAGAUAUCGUGUCCUUCCAGCGUGGCCUCGGCGACCUCGGUAGAGAUCGUCUCUACAUUGAUUGGAGGCGCCGCCCCGACGCCCCCGACCCCAUGGCUUCGCUUCCCAAUCUGUCUCAUCCUUACUUUUCCUUCCACCGCCCCAUCCCCACGCAGUGGAGUAAUGCCAAUAAUGCUCCUAAUUUGCUAAUGCGGCCGAGGGACCACUUGCACUUGAAUAUCAACAACAACAACAAUGUCAAUCAUCAUCCUCAUCAUCCUCAUCAUCCUCAUCAUCCUUACCGCAACAGCUACGGCACUAGUACUGCUGCUUGCUGUAAUUACAUGGUAAACCCCCCUUCACUGAUUUACCUGAGAUCCGCGGCAGCACAACAGCAACACCACCACCAAGAGCAACAACAACAACUACUGCAGGUGCGGAGUAGGGGGGUUGAGCCACCGGUGGUGUUCGAGUCGGUGCCGGUGGUACAAGGGAAAGUUGCAGCAAAGAGAUUGAGGCUAUUUGGGGUAAACAUGGACUGCCCCAUAUCGGAAUCGGAUGCAUGCGAUGUCAUAUUGUCGUCCACCUCAAUAGCUCCCCAUGCUACUAUGGCGGCUUUGCAGCCUUCCGGCCAAUCAGGUCUCCAAUUGAGGCCCUACAACGGCACGCCAAUGCCAACCGUGCCCACCGACUUGCUCAAUAAAGGGAAGGCAUCCAUGUCUUUGGAUUUCAACAUCUAAGAGAUCGAGAAAUUAAGCUGCAGGCACCCAAAAAGAUCCAUCCUUGAUUGAUUGGCUUUAAUUCGAUAACUAGUUUGUUUGUUAAUGCUCAUGAUGAAGAGUGUGAAGACCCACAAAAAAAAAAAAAAAUGCCAGGAUUUUACACCAUUUUGGAUUUUAAUUCAGAAGGCACCGGCCGGUGGUGGGUUUUGAAGGAUUAGCUACCUAGCGCUAGCAGCUAGCAUAAGCAAGAGGCCCUUGGAGAUAGAGAAGUCGUCACACUCUCACUAUAUCCAAUUGUCUUCUUUUUAUUAACUUUGUAUAAAACAUAUUUAUGAUACAUAACCAAAAAAAAAAAAAAACAUAUAUAUAUAGAUAAAUAUUACAUAUUGGAUGAAGAGGUAGAUCAUCAUUGCCAGAGAUUUGUAGGGCCUUGUUUCCCCAAUAUGUAUCCCAUCCAUGGCUUAUCACUGAAAUAUUAUUUCCGAACGUCUUUUUAUUCUCUUUGGCUACCAACUACUCAUUCUCUCUCUCUCUCUCUCUCUCUCUCUCUCUCUCUCUUUUGUCUCUCUCAUGUUCAUUAAGUUUUUAACAACUUUUACUGACCGCUGAUCAAACCAGUUUGUGCAGUGCAAGCGACCUGAUGCAAUUGAAGUUUUGUUUGUUACCUUGGUAGCUAGGUUGUUGUUCUUGUCUCUGCUUCGCUCGGCAUGCCCCGCAGGUUUUGCAGAUAAAGAUUGCUCAGCCUUUAAAAGAUAUUGACAACGUAUCAUCCUGAUCAUCGCCAUGCAUGGUGUACGUUCUUCCGGAAAAAUGAUGAUCAUCCAUGAGAACUUGAACUUUAGGGAUACUAAAUAUGAAAUUAAGCUUCAUUGUCCAUUUUCCUUUUUUCUUUAUCUUCAACCCAACUUCCUCAUUUUGCAUUAAUUUAUGAAGGAGUACGUUGCAAAUAUUUGUAAAUUGAAACCCACCAGCGCAAUUCUAGACAGCAUGUUAAUCAUUUU